AUGGAUGGAGAAGUGAUCCGAGCUAGAGUUCUCGUUCUCCCUCUCAUCUCGCGAGACGUUGGCGGUGGUAUAAAAGUCUGCGUCGAGCCUCUCGGGUCGUGUACUACUCGUUGUCCGUGGAGGCUUUGGUUUCUUAUCUCAGCCGUUUCCUUCUGGUGUAAUCCCGUCUGACUGAAGAUGGCUGCAGGUAAUGCCAAAAUUGGACAGCUGGCUCCAGACUUCACAGCAAAAGCAGUGAUGCCAACUGGAGAGUUCCAAGACCUGACGCUGUCGGAUUACAGAGGAAAGUAUGUGGUGUUUUUCUUCUAUCCUCUGGACUUCACCUUCGUGUGUCCGACGGAGAUCAUCGCUUUCAGUGAUGCCGCUGAAGAAUUCAGGAAGAUUGGCUGUGAAGUCAUUGCUGCCUCCGUAGACUCUCACUUCUCCCAUUUUGCAUGGACCAACACGCCGCGUAAACAGGGGGGUCUGGGCAUGAUGAAGAUCCCUUUGGUGUCUGACAUACGACGCACUAUUUCUACAGACUACGGAGUCCUGAAGGAGGAUGAAGGCAUCGCCUACAGGGGUCUGUUCAUCAUUGAUGACAAGGGCAUUCUGAGACAGAUCACCAUCAACGACCUUCCAGUUGGACGCUCUGUUGAGGAGACUUUACGUUUGGUUCAAGCUUUUCAGUUCACUGACAAGCAUGGAGAAGUCUGCCCAGCCGGAUGGAAACCAGGCAGUGACACCAUCAAGCCUGAUGUCCAGAAAAGCAAAGAUUUCUUCUCCAAGCAGUAAUAAAACCAAGGCUGCCGUCUGCUGCCUGCUGUAGGAGAUCUCAUUUUCUGAUUGUGUUUCCAGUUUUUUGUAGUCAACAUGAUUACAGUCUUCUGUUGAUGGGGUUAACAGUUCACCAGAACCAAAGUAUAAUGUGUGUCGUCACUCCACACUGUUGUUGUUGUUACCCACCUUUAUAUUGGAGCACAACCUGUACUCAGUGUUUAUGUUUAUUUUUAAUACAGUGAAGAAAAGAGAUUUAGUCUAAAUGUGCCUCACAUUUACAGUGAUGGGAUCUAAUAAUGCCCAUGCUACAUGUUUAUAAAAAAAUGUUGUCAAACAAAUAAAAGUGCUGAAGACCUCUGA